AUGACCAUCCCUCUCAAGGAUUCGACAGCACCCGAUGCCAAAGCCGCUCUGGAACGUCUUGAACAAAUCAAGAGCCAGCUCAACAUGACACCUUCAACCAUGUCACUUGAAGCACCCAAGGAUAUGGCUGCCGAGCGUGCUGCUGCAGAUUUUGACAUUGAAGCCUUGACACGUCUUUACGUGGGUGGUGACAAAGAAUACGAGCUCCAGAAAAAAGCGUUUGAGAUUGUGAAAUCUGAUCCUGAGCUUAUUGCCCAGCCUCCACGCAACAUUCUUGAGUUCUCUAGAGACGAGUGGCGUGAAUUCACCAUGUGCCAAAUUCGCCGCACUACUGAGCUUAUGCAAACCAAAUUCAAGGAUGAUCCCGAGAUGGGUUUUGCAAUCGCCAAGGCAGUCAACCUUUACUCACCAAGUUAUUCCAUGCGCAUUUUCGUGCAUCAAUACCUCUUCCGUAACGUGGUUACCAUGCUUGGUGAUAAGGAACAAGCAAAGCAAUGGGUGGAUGACAUUGACCAUUAUCGCAUUUAUGGCUGUUUUGCUAUGACUGAGCUCGGUCAUAGUUCAGCAUUGAGAGAUAUUGAAACCACCGCUACCUAUGAUCAAGCUACCGAUGAAUUUGUGAUUGAAUCGCCUACCAUUACAUCGACAAAGUGGUGGAUCGGCGGCUCUGGCCAAACUUCAACACAUGCCGUGGUGAUCUCGCAAACAGUGAUUAAUGGCGAAUCCGUGGGCCACAACUGGUUUGUGGUACAGUUGCGUGACAAGUUUACGGGUGAAUUGAUGCCCAAUGUCAAGAUUGGUGAUAUUGGUAAGAAGCAUGGACAUCAAGGUGUCGACAAUGGCUGGAUCCAAUUCCAUAAGGUGCGUGUGCCACGCUCUCACAUGCUUCAAAAAUGGGCCAAGCUUGAACGUGAUGGCACCUAUUCUCCACCACCAAGCCCUGCUGUGAUGUAUGCAACAUUGAUCCCUGAACGUCUUACAUUGAUCUUGAGCACUACCCAAUUGGCAGGUCAAGCAUUGACCAUUGCUACACGUUAUGGUGUGGUGCGUCGUCAAGGACACCAAAAUCAACAAAUCAUGGAUUACCAAUCGCACUAUUCGCAAAUCAUCCCAUUGAUCUCGUUCCUGCAUAUGCUCAAUUCGGCUUCCGAUACCGUGUACAACCAAUACAAUGUGCUUACUGCAGGUGGUGAAAUGGAUCCUAUGGACUUUUUGAACCACAUGAGUGACAUGCAUGCCAUCUCAGCUUGUCUCAAAGGUAUGGCUGGUUGGUAUGGUUCCGAAAUCCUUGAAACAUCUCGUCGUGCCUGUGGUGGUCAUGCUUAUUCCGCCUACAAUGGUAUCAGCCAAAUCAUCAAUGACUGGGGUGUCAUGACUACGGGUGCUGGUGAUAAUGUUGUCUUGUUGCAGCAGGCUGCACGUAUCUAUGUCCGUCAACUUGCUCGCAAACUCGAACACAAUGAAUAUCCUGAACUCAAGUUUAAGAGCUCCACUCAUUACUUUAUGCGUGCCAAGGAGUAUCUCGCAACACCUUCAUGGCCUGUGCGUGAUCUUAAUGAAGCUGUCAAGGACGUGCGUCUAAUUGAAGAUGCCCUUUUCGCCAUUCUUGUCAAGAGAUUCUACAGCAUUCAUCAAGCUAUGGGCAAGGGCAAGACAUCCAAUGAUUUGUUGAUGGAUAUGGUCCGUGCUGCUGAAUUGCACUGUGCCGCUUUCAUUUUCAGUGAUGCAGUCUCCAAGUACGGUGGAUCCAAGCCUGCUGAAGGUGUCAAUCCUAGCGUGCAUGCUAUCAUGCGACGAUUGACUGUGAUGUGGGGUAUUUACACUCUCCACCGCUACAGUGAUCAAGGUUUCAAGGAAGGCUUCCUUUCACCACAACAAGUCAAGGAUAUCGAAGAUUUGUACCUUGAUACCACCAAGAGCCUUCGUAAGCAGGUGAUUGGUCUCACCGAUGCAUUCAACUUCCCUGACUUUGCUCUCAAGUCACCUAUUGGCAAAUAUGAUGGCAAGAUCUAUGAGGCUUAUUUCGAUACCGUCCUUCAGGCACCCAACAGCAUGCGAAAGACACCUUACCACGAAAAAUACAUCAAGCCCCUUACUUCUCGUGUCGCUCCCAAUUAG